AUGGAACCCAACAAGUUUCGACCACGAGCGGGCUUCAUUACGGACCCAUCGCCGUCAAAACCGGCCCCAGCAGUCCGAGUUAUCCGGGUGAAAGAGAGCGAGAGCGGCGAAUCGAAUCCAGAGUUUAGUGAAUAG